AUAUUGGCUGAAAAUGAUAUGAUUGUUUAUAAUAUUAUUGGACAUUAGCACUGUACAAUAAGACUCUAAUAGGGAACAUUAGUUAAUUGCAUUAAUCCACCAAAGUAUUUACUAAUCUUAGCUGAUGUUAAUUCUUAGUUAAUGCCUAAUAUUGUGUUAAAAUUGUAGUCAUACUCUGAUUUGUAAUUGAUAACACAUUAAAAUCAUAGUCAUAAUCUGAUUACAAGUCAUAAUCAUUUUAUUCGAUGUAGUUAAUAUAGUUUAAGCUAAGAAUAACUUAGUAACUGUAAUAAAUCUGGGUUUUUUAUUAAUUUACUAAGGAAAAUUGAUUGUAAAGUGUUAACUAUUGUACUUUAUCCAUUUAAUUUAGUUAAACGCUCUUUUUUUAUAUACAGUAAAGCAAUACACUAGGUAUUGUUUCGUUAUUAUACCUUUUAAAAUAACCUUUUUUGCAGUUUAGCCCAAUAUUGUGAUGAUACCGUCUACCAAUCUGCAAUUAAUUGCAACAAUAACAUCUGGUGCCACCUUAAACCUACUUUGGCAUGCAUAAUUUGGAGAUUUCCUAUAGAUUAUUAUUAUUAUAAACAUGCCAAACAUCUUCAUGAUGAUUCUUCACUUGGGUGCUCAUCUGCUUUUUAUCGGACUAAUUGUAUGUAAAGCGAACGCUGGAUCUAGUCUCAGGUUUACAGGAUCCGACGAACAAUGGGUUGCGUUUCCGAUGUGGAACGCUUGCUGCGAGAGCGAAAUGAGCUUCAGUGUGAAAACCACACAUCUGAAUGGCCUCCUGGUGUACUUUGAUGACGAAGGCUUCUGCGAUUUCCUCGAGCUGCACGUGCACGUUGGGAAACUCAGAUUGUGCUUUUCUAUUUUCUGUGCCGAGUCCACAUGCGUGCUUUCUGACGUCGCCAUCAAUGACAACCGAUGGCAUUCGGUCUCGAUUAUGAGGAACUUCAGAAACACCACACUCAUCGUGGACGACGAGGUAAAGUGGGAGGAGGUUAAAUCCCAAAGGCGAGACAUGACGGUUUUCAGCCACUUAUUUUUAGGAGGGAUUCCCUCAGAGCUGAGGUCGGUGUCUUUACAGCUGACGUCCAAGACUGUGAAAGAUCACACUUCGUUUACGGGCUGGAUAAUGGAUGUGAAAGUCAACGAUUCUGAGCCUGCGAUAAUUAGCAGCGCUGGAGUCCACGAAGACCUCUGCGGCUCAGAGAACACGUGCUUGAAUGGAGGAGUGUGUAGUGUUGUUGAGGAUAAACCGACAUGCGACUGCUCUCAAACCGGCUACCAGGGAAAAGACUGCAGUGAAGGUCUGGCACACCUGAUGAUGCUGGAUCGAGGAAUGGAGGAAUAUGUGGCCACGUUCAGAGGUUCAGAAUACUUCUGCUACGAUCUUUCCCUGAACCCCAUCCAAAGCAGCAGCGAUGAAAUCACACUGUCCUUCAGAACUCUGCAGAGAAACGGACUCAUGCUGCACACCGGCAAAAUCGCAGAUUAUGUCAACCUGGCGCUGAAGAACGGGGCGGUGUCGCUGGUCAUAAAUUUGGGCUCGGGGGCGUUUGAAGCUCUGGUGGAGCCGGUCAAUGGGAAAUUUAACGACAACGAAUGGCAUGAUGUGAAAGUGUUGCGGAAUUUGCGUCAGCACUCAGGCGUUGGAUAUGCUAUGGUUACGAUAUCUGUGGACGGAAUACUGACCACCACAGGAUACACUCAGGAGGAGUACACCAUGCUCGGCUCUGAUGACUUUCUGUAUGUCGGAGGGAGUCCCAGCACAGCCGACCUGCCCGAAUCUCCUGUCAGCAACAACUUCAUGGGCUGUCUGAGGGAGGUUGUAUAUAAAAACAAUGACGCUGAGCUGGAGCUGUCCAGACUGGCCUAUCAAGGAGACCCAAAACUGCAGAUCCACGGAGUGGUUGCAUUUAAGUGUGAGAGUGUGGCCACAUUGGAUGCCAUCACGUUUGAGACCCCAGAAUCCUUCCUGACGCUGCCAAAGUGGAACGCCAAGAAAAGCGGCUCCAUUUCCUUCGACUUCCGCACCACCGAACCCAACGGCCUCCUGCUGUUCAGCUGCGGGAGAGCAAAGCAGCAUAAUAAAGAGGCCAAGAGUCCUGUCACGCUGAAGGUGGACUUCUUUGCCAUUGAAAUGCUGGACGGUCUGCUGUAUCUGCUGCUGGAUAUGGGAUCUGGGACCACCAAGACUUUGGCGCUGAACAAAAAAGUCAAUGAUGGAGAGUGGUAUCAUGUGGACUUCCAGAGGGACGGGAAAUCAGGCACCAUCUCCAUCAACUCAGUGCGCACCCCGUACCUGUGCCCCGGAGACAGCGAGCUCCUGGAUCUGGAUGAUCCCCUGUACCUGGGCGGCGUUCCGGAGAGCUCCAGUGGGACGGUGUUCCCCACUGGGGCCUGGAGCGCCCUGCUGAACUACGGGUACGUGGGCUGUGUGCGGGAUCUGUUCAUCGACGGGCGCAGUGUGGAUGUCCGGCGCGCAGCAGAGCUGCAGAGAGCUGCAGGAGUGAAGCCGUCCUGCGGUAAAGAGCCGCCCGGGAAGUGUGUGAGCGAGCCCUGCCUGAACAGAGGAGUCUGCAGGGAGGGAUGGAGCCGAUAUAUCUGCGACUGCACCGGGACGGGAUUCCUGGGACACUCCUGCGAGAGAGACGCCACCAUCCUCUCUUUCGAUGGCAGCAAGUUCCUGAAGGUGCAGUUUUCUGCAGCGAUGCACACCGAGGCUGAAGACGUGUCCCUGCGCUUCCGCUCGCUGCGGGCGUACGGCGUCCUGAUGGCCAGCACAUCCACACACACCACCGACACACUGCGUCUGGAGCUGGAGGCCGGACGCGUGCGGCUCACUGUCAACCUGGACUGUAACAGGAUUAACUGUACCACCAGUAAGGGACCCGAGAGCUUAUUCGCGGGUCAGAAUCUGAAUGAUGAUGAGUGGCACACGGUGCGCGUGAUCAGGAGAGGAAAGAGUCUGAAACUAUCUGUGGAUGAUCUGCCCACUGUAGACGGAGAGAUACCAGGCGACCACACGCAGCUAGAGUUUCACAACAUCGAGACCGGCAUCAUUACAGGAAAACGCCAGUUACCCACAAUGCCCUCCAACUUUAUUGGACAUCUCCAGAGCCUGAUGUUUAAUGGUAAGCCGUACAUCGACCUGUGCAAGAACGGAGACAUCGAUUACUGCCAAACCAACGCUCCAAUCGGCUUUAAGAGCAUCAUCGCAGAUCCGGUGACGUUCAAGUCCUGCUCCAGCUACGUGACGCUGCCGUCUUUACAGGCGUAUUACUACAUGUACCUGUUUUUCCAGUUCAAGACCACCUCCGCAGACGGACUCAUACUCUAUAAUAGUGGAGAUGGCAAUGAUUUUAUCGCUGUAGAGCUGGUGAAAGGCUAUCUGCAUUACAUCUCUGAUCUGGGAAACGGUGCUCAUCUCAUUAAGGGAAACUCAAUUAAACCUCUCAAUGACAACCACUGGCACAACGUGAUGAUCUCCAGAGACCCCAAUAACCUGCACACGGUCAGAAUCGACACCAAAACCACCAGCCAGACCACACUGGGAGCCAAAAACCUGGACCUGAAAGGUGAUUUGUUUGUGGGUGGUGUUCCAGAGCAGAUGUAUAAAGAUCUGCCCAAGUUAGUUCAUGCAAAAGAAGGGUUUCAGGGCUGUCUGGCGUCUGUGGAUCUGAACGGGCGUUUGCCAGACCUGAUGACCGAAGCGCUGGUCUGUGUCGGGCAGAUCGAGAGAGGAUGUGAAGGGCCCAGCAGCAGCUGUGAGGAGGACUCGUGUGCCAAUCAGGGCGUUUGUCUGCAGCAGUGGGAGAACUUCACCUGCGACUGCAGCAUGACCACGUAUGCAGGACCGCUGUGUGCAGACCCUGGCAGCACAUAUGUGUUUGGCAGGCAGGGUGGUGUGAUCACGUACUCGUGGCCUCCUCAUGACCGUCCCAGCACGCGCGUGGACCGGCUGGCUCUGGGCUUCAUCACGCUGAUGGAGGACGCCACACUGGUGCGAGUGGACAGCUCCGCCGGGCUGGGGGACUACCUCAAACUGCACAUCGUGAAGGGCAACGUCGUGGCUGUGUUUAAUGUGGGCACGUAUGACAUCAACAUCGAGGAGAACGGGAAGCUUGUAAAUGAUGGAAAUUACCAUAUAGUGCGGUUCACCAGGAGCGGCGGCAACGCCACACUACAGGUGGACGACCUGCCGGUUAUUGAGCGAUUCCCACCAGGACACAUUGAUAGUCACCGGCUGGGAACUGGUAGACUUCCAUAUCGGCGGCUAGUUGAAGAAUCGCUACCGAAGAACGGCCGUCAGCUCACCAUCUUCAACAGUCAGAUGACGAUCCGCAUCGGCGGCUGGCAGAAGCAGCAGGUCUCGGGCUUUCAGGGUCAGAUGUCGGGCUUUUAUUACAACGGCCUGAAGGUGUUCAGCAUGGCUGCGGACGGAGACCCAAACGUGCGCAUGGAAGGCAGCGUGCGGCUGGUGGGAGAGCUGCAGUCCUCCUCUACACCACACGGCGGCGCCACUGUCUAUCAGAGCUCAGUGACGGAGAUCAGCAGCACCACCAGCAACACCAUCACCAUCACAUACAGCACACCAGCAGACGAGCAGCAGACUACAGAUGAGCUGUUAGUGGCGUCCGCCGAGUGCCCUAGUGAUGAUGAGGACAUUGACCCGUGUGAGCCGAGCUCAGGGACCCUGUGUUGUUUUGUUCCUCCAGCGGGCCCCACAGGCCCCGCGAUCAGCAGUUUUCCAGGCCCGGCGGAGGUUUUCCGGGAGUCCAACGGCACCACAGGGAUGGUGGUGGGCAUCGUGGCGGGCGCGGCGCUCUGCAUCCUCAUCCUGCUCUACGCCAUGUACAAAUACCGCAACCGAGACGAGGGGUCGUACCAUGUGGACGAGAGCAGAAACUACAUCUGCAACUCCAACGGAGCCGCGCUGAAGGAGAAAAACACUGCAGACGACGACAGCGGGAGCAAGAGCAAGAAGAACAAAAACAAGGAGUAUUACGUGUGAUCCAAUAAUCCUGCAAACACUCAGAGUUUGUGUCUUGUUUCUAGAGCAGAUAUCUAAAACCUCUUUAAUCAAGAAGUAUCUUCUAGAUGAGCACUAAAUGUAGUGUUGUUCUCAGAAAUAAUGAGUCAAAAUGAAGGGAGUUUCUCAUUAAAACAAGCAGAAUAAUCUGACACUGGGGGAAGCAGAAUUCACGACACACUGAGGACUGAACACAGGAGGUCAGUAUAUACACAAUGUUUUAUCAACAAAGUUAAUAAUGAAGCUUAACUGAGUUUGUGGAGAUUAAGGACACACGACACAUAAACAUGAGUCCAGGAAGACGAGGAACACAGGGACGCUAGAACAGGAGAAAAGCUGGAGAGGGAUUGGAUGAAACUCAAUGGCUGUUUCUCAAUUCUAAAAAGGCAGAGAACAGACUUGCGUUCUUGUGGAGAGCGGUCUUGAGUGCUGAGGAAUGAGAUGCUGCGUUCUUCCUGAUGGUCAUUCACGCGUUUUUAAUGGUAAAUGAUUUAAACAUUACAGCAUUCAUACAAUGAUUUACUGUUUCCCCCUUUUUAAAACAUAUACUCUGCAUAAAAACAUUAUCAGCAUACUCUGCUCAAUAUAAAUAAACAGAUUUUAAUACGAACUUCAGCAAACAAACACCCUUAAUGUGUUUAUUCCUUUACUAAGAUGUCCAUGGUGAUGUUUACUUUCACCGUUUCAUUUAGGGAAACUCCUGAAGUAAAUAAGUCACAUCUCUGAACUUUAAUAAUGAAUCUAGAUGAAAUGCUGCGCUUCCCACCUCCAGUCGCAAUGACUUCUGGGACCUCCAGAGCGAGUUCGGUGCGCAAGUCUGCAAGGGUGCGUUUCAGCCUGAUCUCACGAGAAAACGUAAGUAUUUUUUGUUUUGCCAGUUUAGUGGCUAAUUCGUACGAGUUCAGUCGUACGAAAUGGUACGAUUUUAAAAAGGAGGCGUGGCACCUGACCCCACCCCUAACCCCAACCGUCAUUGGGGGAUGAGCAAAUCGUACUAAAUUGUACGAAUUAGAUCGUACGUAUUUUUACGAAUUAGCCACUAAAUGAAAAAGUUACGAAUUGGCGUGAGAUUGUGUUGUGCGUUCUCGAUAUCAAGAACACAUCCGGGAAGUUUCACGUGUCCUCUGUUCUUGCGGUCUUGAUUAUUGCAACUGAACUUUAGCAGCUGAUGAUGACGUUUCACGAGAAGGCAAGAUCGCUGAAGAACGCAUACUGAGAAACAGCCAGAGUGUGAUUUUCAGGACUGACACUGGCUGACUGAAGGUGAGUGCUCUUUGUAGUGUGUCUGUGAACAGGUAAUUAGUAAUCCAGUAAGCGGGUGUGAGUUGAAUGGUUCCAGCGACUGCCCGACAAAAAUAAUCUUGUUUUUGCUAAAUUAUUCUGCUUCCUCCAGUGUCAGAUUACUCUGCUUGUUUUAAUGAGAAACUCUCUUCAUUUUGACUCAUUAUUUCUGAGAUCAAGCUGAUAUUAUUAUUUGCUUGUCUAGAGAAUGCUGACUGAUUGAAGAAUGUUUAGAUAUUUGGACUAGAAACAAGACAAAAAAUAGCAAGAAAGCAUAAAGCUACUGACGUGUGAUAAGACACACUGAGACAUCAGAUCUUACAGUACAGUACGCAGGGGCAUAGUAAUGGGGGGAAAUGGUGACAGAGUGCAUUUAGGGGCCCAGCAACAAGUCUUCUCUUCAGUCAACCCCCUCACCCACGCUCUUGACUUGGGAGAUCGCCAACAUCACAACUUUGGAAAUAAACUCGCUGUUUCUUGUAUAACUUACGCAAGAAGAGGAAUGAAGCUUUCUUUUUAAAUCUUUUUUGAUCUUUUACAUUUGUUUUUGCCUGUUUGUGUUGCUGAAACUUUUCCUGAUGCAUCUGUGAAGAACACGAGGAGAAAAGAAAAUGAGUCUGCUUCAUCUGUUGGGCUUUUCACACUGAGCUUAACCCAGAGUUAUCACUGAUUCAGUGAUUCAUUCAGAGUGAGUCUCCAGUUAGCAACUCACUGAUUCAGUGAUUCGUUCAGAGUGAGUCUCCAGUUAAAAAUUCACAGAUUCAUUCAGUGAAUUCAAUCUCUAGUUAAUGACUCACUGAUUCAGUUGAUUUGUUCAGAGCAAAUCUCCAGCUAAUGACUCACUGAUUCAGUUGAUUUGUUCAGAGCAAAUCUCCAGCUAAUGACUCACUGAUUCAGUUGAUUUGUUCAGAGCAAAUUUUGAGUUAACGACUCACUGAUUCAGUUGAUUCUUUCAGAGCAAAUCUCCAGCUAAUGACUCAGUGAUUCAGUUGAUUUGUUCAGAGCAAAUUUCGAGUUAACGACUCACUGAUUCAGUUGAUUUGUUCAGAGCAAAUCUCCAACUAAUGUCUCACUGAUUCAGUUGAUUUGUUCAGAGCAAAAUCUCGAGUUAACGACUCACUGGUUCAGUUGAUUUGUUCAGAGCAAAUCUCGAGUUAACGACUCACUGAUUCAGUUGAUUUGUUCAGAGCAAGUCUCUAAUUAACUCAGUAAUUUAAAUGAUUUGUUUAGAGUGAGAGUCCAGUUAAUGACUCACUGAUUCAAAUGAUUCAUUUAGAGUGUUAGUCCAGUUAAUGACUCACAGAUUCAAAUGAUUCGUUUAGAGUGUUAGUCCAGUUAAUGACUCACAGAUUCAAAUGAUUUAUUUAGAGUGAGAGUCCAGUUAAUGACUCACAGAUUCAAAUGAUUCGUUUAGAGUGUUAGUCCAGUUAAUGACUCACUGAUUCAGUUGAUUUGUUCAGAGCAAGUCUGUAAUUAACUCAAUAAUUCAAAUGAUUCGUUUAGAGUGUUAGUCCAGUUAAUGACUCACUGAUUCAAAUGAUACGUUCAGAGUGAUGCUGCGUCCCGAUCUGCAUACUAUGCGUCCUAAAUAGUAUUUGACAAUAGAUUUAGUAUGUUACACCGUAAACUCUCAGAUGUGUCGUCUAAGCUGCUGCACAGACGAUGCAAUUGUGAUUUUCUCCCCAGCAGAACUGAGAACAU